CUCCGCCUCGCCGUCCCCGCACUCGCUCCUUCGCUCCGCACCACUUGCAUCCCGUGCAUGCCCAACAGCGACGCCGCACUUGCCACGCUCUCUGCGCUCCUCUCCUUUUCUCUCUGCCUCGCUGCGCUCCACGCCGCCGCCGCACGCCUUCCGCACAUCACGCCUCUCGCCGCCGCCGCAUCGGCCACCGCCAUCAUGGACCCCAACAUGAUCCUCGCCUUCAUCGUCGGCCUCUUUGCCAGUGCCGCCGUGCUGCUCUUCAUCACCGCCAACAAGGACAAGCCGGAGCUCGACCCCACCGAGUGGCGCUCCUUCAAGCUCAUGGAGAAGCACGAGUACAGCUCCAACACGGCGCUCUACCGCUUCCGCCUCCCGUCCAGCCGCUCCAUCCUCGGCCUGCCCAUCGGCCAGCACAUCAGCGUGCAGGCCGAGUGCGACGGCAAGAAGGUGCAGCGCUCCUACACGCCCACCAGCUCCGACGACGACAAGGGCUUCUUCGACCUGCUCAUCAAGACCUACCCCAACGGCAACAUCUCCAAGCACGUCUCUACGCUCAAGAUCGGCGACUCGCUGCAGGUGCGCGGCCCCAAGGGCCAGAUGCGCUACGGCCCCGGCCUCGCGAGCCACAUCGGCAUGAUUGCCGGCGGCACGGGCAUCACGCCCAUGCUGCAGAUCAUCCGCGCGGCCAUGAAGGACCCCAAGGACACGACCAAGAUCGACCUCAUCUACGCCAACGUCAAGGAGGAGGACAUCCUCUGCCGCAAGGAGCUCGACGAGCUGGCGGAGAAGAACGACAAGUUCGACGUGCACUACUUCCUCAACGAGCCGCCGCAGGGCUGGAAGGGCGGCGAGGGCUUCGUCUCCAAGGAGAAGAUCGAGGAGGUCUUUGCCGGCCCCAAGGACGACGCCAAGGUGCUGCUCUGCGGCCCGCCGCCCAUGAUCAACGCCAUGAAGAAGCACCUCGAGGAGCUCAAGUACCAGAAGCCCAACACCGUGUCGAAGCUGCACGACCAAGUCUUCUGCUUCUAAGCAUCUCGAGACGCAGACUCCGUUGCGCGCGCAGUGCUGGCCGCGCAUCGACAGUGGAGGACGGAUACCCGCGCCUGCGUGGAGGCAGCGCGCGCGCGAGAGACAUGCGGCGAUGCAGCAGCCGACAUGGUGCCUGAGAGAAGGCUUGCAACUGCCUCAUCUGUGACGCCGAUGCCAGGCUCACGCGAUAAUCAAAUGCCAUCGACGGGAUGCUCGACGGCAGACAGCAGCAGUGUCAAGAUGCUUGCGGAGUGUGAUAAGUUACAGG